AUUCCCUGGUCUGCAGCAUACUAACUACCUAGUAUCAACCUCUCUACCACCAUUUUUCGUCAUUCUGAUCACCGUCUGAAACGUCAAUCCAAACUAGUUCAUGGCCGCAGCACCAUCAAGAGACGACCGCCGAAUCAUCCUGCACUUUGAUUAUGACUGCUUCUACGCCGCGGUCUUUGAGGUCGAACAGCCGGCAUUGAAGUCGCUGCCGUUGGCGGUACAGCAGAAGCAGAUCGUGGUAACCUGUAAUUAUGAAGCACGACGGAGAGGGCUACGCAAGCUGCAAUUGAUCAAGGAAGCCAAACAGAUCUGUCCGGACGUCGUCAUCGUGCUGGGCGAGGAUUUGACCCGCUUUCGCGAUGCCUCCAAGCGGCUUUUCCAUUUUCUACGCUCAUUCGUCUGGGCGCAAAGGGUCGAACGGUUGGGUUUUGAUGAGUUGUUUCUUGACGUAACCGAGAUGGUUGACUAUAAUGUUGACCUGCUGAAUCGCCAUGAUCUGGAGCACUCAUUCUUUCAUCUCGACCGCCAGGAACCUACGGUGGGGUUCGACUACAAUGCCACCCAAGUGCAUGGAUCCACUUACCCUGCGGAUCUGGAUCCAACGGGGCUAAACCGAGGCUCCAAGGAGGAGGUUCCUGGGCUCUACACGCGGCUGCUCGUGGCCUCGCACUUGGCAGGCUUCCUGCGAGGCCAACUCGAGUUCCACAUGGGUUACACGGCCACAGUGGGGAUUUCGACCUCCAAAUUGCUAGCUAAAUUAAUCGGUAACACUCAUAAACCGAACAACCAGACCACCCUUCUCCCGCCGUAUGCUGCGGAAUCUGGCGUGGAGAGUCAUGUGGUAGCCUUUCUCGAUGCACACGAGAUCCGCAAGAUUCCUGGGCUAGGCUCCAAGCUGACUCGGAAAAUCAUCGCUUACCUCACCAAGGCUAGCGCACCUUCUGGCUCAGAACUCCCGUCUGAGUCUGCCAGCGACGCCAACGGAACGAAGACUGUUCGAGAUGUGCGGCUGUGCGCCGGCAUGGGACCAGCCUUGCUGGAUCGCAUAUUAGGCGGACCAGGUGCACCAAAAGACAUCGGCGCGCGGGUCUGGGGCCUGCUCCACGGCGUUGACCCUGCGCCCGUCAUCCCAGCGGGUGACGUGCCGACUCAAAUCAGUAUUGAAGAUACCUAUGGGCGCCUGGAUACCUUGGAGCUUGUUCGGAGGAAACUGAUCGCUCUGACGGCCAGUCUCCUUCGUCGCAUGCGUACUGACCUCACAGAGCAGGACUUGGAGGUCGAUCCCGGGCCCGAUCGACCUGUCCAUACCUCAGGUGGCCCGCAGCAGCUUCCAGUCCGAUGGCUGGCUCACCCUCGGACACUGCGAUUGUCAACCCGACUCCGACACGCAGGCACUGAGGGCGGGCGACUGGUUCAUCGAACCUCGCGCUCCGAGCCGCUUCCCUCAUAUGUGUUUAGUCUGGAUGAAAGCAUCGAUGCGCUGGCGGAGCGACUGGUGCACGAUUCGCUGUUAUCCAUGUUUCGCAAGUUACACCCGGAGAAGUCUGGCUGGGACCUUCAACUGUUGAAUGUUGCGGUAACGAAUAUGGUUGAUGGAGCCGGAGAUCGGAAACACAGUAGCGGACGAGAUAUCGGGAAGAUGUUCCAAACUCAAAGCUCAGUGAUCAAAGAAGCAACAGCUCUUGUGAAAGAUGCGGGAUUGCCUGGAGCGAGUCCCGAGACUGAGGGAUCCCGCAACAUUGUAGAUAGCGCUCCGGGAGAUGAGACGUGGGAGGAUAGUGACGGCGACGAUGGCAUACCCUGUGGCAUGAAUUGUGACAUUUGUGGCGCCUUGAUUCCCCAAUUUGCGCGGGAGGCACAUGCGUUAUACCACGCGGUUCCUGAAUGAUGACGAUGGAAUGAUUGCCAUGGAGACAAUGCCGUCAUGUGCCUGGACGGUACGCGGAGUAGUUAUAGUCCGUAGAGUAUUACUAAU